AGGAUAGACUUUUAGAAAUUUCCAAGGUUUCUUCCAAAACUUCUGCAUUCUUAAGGGAAGAAGAACAUCUUCUAGGAUUCAAAAACAAGCUGUAAGCAGAAUUCCAAAUUGGAAGUUUGAUUCUGGUUCAAGCAAUGCUUUGCGAAGGGAGACUGCUGAGCAUGACUUACUGGGAGAUGGAGGAGGAUUUGCUGCCUCCUCAAAAAACUUUCCAAAUUGCUGGUGGACCACCCAGAACCUCCUUCACUCCAACCACCUCCAGACCUUCUCCACUCAUUUAUCCAAGCUCUUUGAAGGUAACAGCUGGCACAGAGACCUUGAGGGCUUCGGCCGACCUGAAAAUCCCUCCGUUGUUAACCUCACAUGUCCAAGCACUUUAUACAGAGAGGCAGACCUCUGCAGAGAUGGAAAUCCCAGCCCAAGCUUACUCUGACAGUGGAGAUACCCCCUUCUUAGUUCCCUCUUGCUGCCAGAGCAUCUAUGAAAACUACAGCGACCUCCAUAUUGGAGGUGAGCAGGUUUUGCCUCUUGUGACCAGUGAGGCCGAUUUUAAUGUCUAUGCUGAUGUGCAGCCUGUGAGGCCGUUCCUGCACUCAUGUGAUGUCCCGCCUGCAGUCGAGGAUUCUCCACCAGGACAGAGAGGUCUACAGAACCUGCUCAGGAGAGGUUCAAACCACUGGAGACAGACGAGUGGUCGUGAUCGUAGCUUUUUGUUUCAGGGUCGUGAGGGGCCCUUCUCCAAUUCUCUUCUGAAUCAUUACCUGGAGCAGAAACUCUUGGAUCUAUACCAGCAGUACAUGAUUGAGAACAUGGUGAGGGAUGGAGCUCCAGGAUCAGAUGGGGAUGUUGGUAAUAUUUGCCCCCUGCUGGGCUCAGAACUUGUUCUGACCAGCCUUGACCAAAUCACCCAACAGCUUAGCCGGGAAGGCAACCUGGAGGCCGGCCUGGCCAAGGAUAUGGUCCUGAGCUGCUUGCUGCGGGUGGCCAGUGACCUGCAGUCGGGUGAGAUCAGCACUCCCUUCCUGCAGAUUUCAAAUGAGGCCUCCAGGGAGCAGCUCACGGAGAGUAAACAAGAAUAA